AUGGCCGCCUCUACCAUGUCUGUCUGCUCCGACGCUUGCACCAACUCCUCCUGGCAGGUGGAUGACUGCCCAGAGAGCUGCUGUGAGCCUAGCUGCUCAUCUUGUAUUACCCUUGUCUGCACCCCAGUGAGCUGUGUGUCCAACCCCUGCUGCCAAUCUGUCUGUGCUAGCUCCUGUGCACCCUCAUGCUGCCAGCAGUCUAGCUGCCAGCCCUCAUGCUGCCAAUCUUUCUGUUGUGUGCCUGUCUGUUGCACACCCAUCUGUUCGGGAUCCUCGUGCUGCCAGCAGUCUAGCUGCCAGCCAGCUUGCGGCACCUGUUCUCCUUGCCAGCCAUCCUGCAGCAUGACCCUGUGCUGCAAGCCUGUCUGCUGCACACCCAUCUGCUCUGGAUCCUCCUCAUGCUGCCAGCAGUCUAGCUGCCAGCCCUCAUGCUGUCAAUCCUCCUGCUGUGUGCCUGUCUGCUGCAAGCCUGUCUGCUGCACACCCAUCUGCUCUGGAUCCUCCUCAUGCUGCCAGCAGUCUAGCUGCCAGCCCUCAUGCUGUCAAUCCUCCUGCUGUGUGCCUGUCUGCUGCAAGCCUGUCUGCUGCAAGCCCUGCUCCAGCGUGUCCCUGCUCUGCCGCCCUGUGUGCAGACCCGCCUGCUGUGUGCCCAGCUCCUCCUGCUGUGCCUCCUCCUGCCAGCCCAGCUGCUGCAAGCCUUGCUCCAGCAUGUCCCUGCUCUGCAGCCCUGCCUGCUCCCGCCAGGCCUGCUGUGGCCUCUCCUCAGGCCAGAAGUCCAGCUGCUGCUGA